UUAAAGAUUAUUAUCAUACUGGAAAAAAACUCAAUAUAUUCUCUCAUAUACUUCGUAUAAUCGUUCACUUCCAAUGUUUAUAUGAUUACUUGAAAAUGGGAUGUCAUUGCAAACUAUUACUGGCGGUGAGCUUUGGGAUUUUUGCCAUUAUACAUAUUGUUAAAGCUCAGCCUGAUCAACAAGGAUUCAUCAGUUUAGAUUGUGGUUUACCUCCUGGUGAGUCUCCUUAUACCGACCCAGUUACAGGUCUAACAUUCUCGUCUGAUGCUGAUUACAUACAAAGUGGUAAACGUGGUGAACCUGGGGAUUCUGUGACUUAUACCUACAGGCAGUACAAGGAUCUUAGAUAUUUUCCGGAUGGUAUACGAAACUGCUAUAAUCUAGCAGUAAAUAAAGGAACCAACUAUCUAAUAAGAGCUGGUUUCUCAUAUGGAAAUUAUGAUGGUCUUAAUGUAUAUCCCAAAUUUGAUUUACAUGUCGGGCCUAACAUGUGGAUCGCGGUGGAUUUGGAUAACGACGAUGAUCGUGAGAUCAUUUACAUGUCAAAGUCAAAUUUAUUGCAGAUUUGUCUUGUCAAGACAGGAUCAACUAUACCAAUGAUAUCUACCUUGGAACUACGGCCAGUAAGAAAUGACUCUUAUAUGACACAACUUGGUCCCUUGAACCUAAUAUACCGUCGGGCCUAUACAGGCAAUUCUGGCGGCUUUAUACGAUAUCCUGAUGAUGUCUUUGAUCGAAAAUGGGUUCCAUAUAACUGGUUUGAAACAAACGUAAACACCACUCUCAAUGUGACUUCUAGUAAUCCUUUUGUAGUGCCAGAUGCUGUAAGCAGGUCGGGUAUUUCCCCUAGAAAUGUCACCCUACCCUUGGGCUUUUACAUGUUUACUAACGAUGAUAGUGACAAAGUUAAUGUCUACUUUCAUUUCGCCGAGAUCCAAACCCUAAAUGCAAAUGAUACUAGGGAGUUUGACAUUUUGUUGGAUGGAGAUAUUAUUCAUAAAGCUUAUAGUCCUAAGGUGUUACAAUCGGAAACAAAAUACAACAUAUCUCCACAAAAAUGCGGAUUUGGCUCCUGCGACCUAGACCUUGUAAGAACUCAAAGAUCAACUCUUCCACCACUGAUUAAUGCUAUUGAGACAUUCACGGUUUUGGAUUUUCCAUAUGCUGAAACAAAUCCAGACGAUGGUAUUCGCUGCUAUGAAAAUAUCCAAGAAAGUUAUGGAUUGAACAUAAUAAGUUGGCAGGGAGAUCCUUGCGUCCCUGAACUCUUAAAAUGGGAGGAUCUAAAGUGCAGCUACACAAACAAGUCCACUCCUCCAAGAGUUAUUUCCUUAGAUUUAUCAUCCCACGGAUUGAAAGGAGUCAUAACACAUGCCUUCCAAAAUUUGACUGAGCUUCAAAAAUUGGACUUAUCAAAUAACAGUUUGACCGGAGAAGUGCCCGAAUUUAUAGCCAGCAUGAAAUCAUUAUCGAUCAUAAACUUAAAUUGGAACGAUCUUACGGGUCCUCUUCCCAAAACUUUUCAUGAUAGAGAAAAGAGUGGGCUAAAGCUAACGGUCCAAGGAAACCCAAGGAUUUGUGCUGAUGCAUCAUGCAAAGGUAACAAUCAAAAGUACGUAUUACCAGUUGUUGCAUCAGCGGCUUCUGUGCUAAUCAUUAUAGCUAUGGUGAUUCUAAUUCUCGUUUUCAAAAAGAAAAGGCCAACGCAAGUUGAUUCCUCAUCUACAGUUCAACCCGUGCUACCAACAAGUAGGCAGUCCAUAAUAACGCAGACAAAAAGAUUCACCUAUUCAGAGGUGGCGGCAUUUACUGACAACUUUGAAAGAGUUCUUGGAGAAGGAGGGUUCGGGGUAGUGUAUCAUGGUUCUUUGAAUGGUACGCAACCAAUAGCUGUUAAACUACUCUCUCAAUCUUCAGUACAAGGCUAUAAAGAAUUCAAAGCAGAGGUUGAACUUCUUUUAAGAGUUCACCACGUCAAUUUGGUUAGUUUGGUUGGAUAUUGUGACGAGGAAGGCCACUUGGCCCUCCUUUAUGAGUAUGCACCCAAUGGAGACUUAAAACAGCAUCUCUCAGGAGAACGAGGUGGCUCUCCAUUGAAGUGGUCAAGUAGACUAAAAAUUGUGGUCGAAACUGCACAAGGAUUAGAAUACUUACAUACGGGUUGCCAACCUCCAAUGGUACAUCGCGAUGUCAAAACAACAAAUAUACUUUUAGACGAACACUUCCAAGCAAAACUUGCAGAUUUUGGCCUCUCAAGAUCUUUUCCAAUUGGAGGUGAAACUCAUGUUUCAACAGCUGUUGCUGGAACUCCUGGAUAUUUGGAUCCUGAAUAUUAUCGAACAAAUAGGUUGAAUGAAAAGAGUGAUGUAUAUAGCUUUGGGAUUGUAUUAUUGGAGAUCAUCACAAGUCGACCUGUGAUUCAGCAAACCCGAGAAAGGACGCACAUAGCAGCAUGGGUGGGAUACAUGCUGUCUAAGGGAGAUAUUGAAAAUGUUGUGGAUCCAAGACUCAAUAAAGAUUAUGAGCCUACUUCUGUUUGGAAGGCUCUUGAGAUAGCAAUGUCUUGCGUGAAUCCUUCUUCAGAGAAAAGACCAACCAUGUCUCAAGUUACUAAUGAACUUAAACAAUGUCUAACAUUAGACAACUCAAAGCGAGGAGGGAGAGAAGACAUGGGAUCAAGAAGUUCUGCUGAAAUGAGCACAAGCUUCACAACCGAAAUUAUCCCUAAAGCACGAUAACUUAUGCCAAAAAAAAUCCAAUGAUCACUAAUGGUUUUGAAAUUUCCUCGACUUAUUUUACGAAAAUUAUUUUUGUUGUUGGCCAUUUAUCUGUGGAACACUACAACUUCAUUGUAUUUACUUCUGAUUGUGCUCGUAUGUGACAUUCUGACUAUUACUGUGGGUGUUUUGUUUGGUUAGUUUUGUUGAAGACUUUAUUUGUCAUACUAUUGAUAUAAUACUAUUGGUUUUUUUUGGUUCUUUUUU